UUUUGUUUUGGUUGGAGAGCGCGCGAAAUUUUCGUUCAGCGAAGACCAUUGCGAUCGUGGCACGGAUGGGAAAGUGAGAAAAAUCUAUUAAAAGUGAAUGUUGCUAAAACUUAAGUGGUUUUUAGUCUAAUAAAGUGAUUGAGCAUGGAGGAUCCGGUGUUUCGCACCAAGUAUCAUAAGUACAAGUACAAAGUCAAACUGUGGGAGAAGGAGUUUCGCAAGAAGAAUGGACGAAUCCCUUCUAAGCACGACAUUCGCGACUCCCCGGUGGAUGUGCGCGCGUCGUACAAGAUGUACUACAAGCUCAAGACGUCCCUGCUGGAGGACACGCUGCAGGACGCCCUGGACGACGAUGACGACUUUGACAGCUCGCUGGUGUCCCAGGUGGAAUCUACGCUGUCCCAGGACUGCUCCUUCACGGGCAGUUUCUCCAACCUGAGCGAACUGCGGGAUUCCAACGUGUCGAUCAGCGCUUUGCUGACGGACCAGAUCGAAGGAAAGGUUACGGAGUUUGUGGCGGAAGAGGAAUCGGAGCUGAACGCUAAGGCUUGGGGGAAGGAGCUUAAUAGAAAGAAGUCGGUAGUGGAGAAGGAGUCGAAGGUUGGAAAUGUGUUGGUGAAACCGAAACCGAAGGUCAUGAACAAGCUGAUGAUGGACGCUUCGACUGUGGUUCCGAAGCGGAAUCCGCGCAAGUCGCUCUCCAGCAGACUGUCGAGCAGUUCGUUUGCUUCGACUUCUGCGUUGAACAGCUCGAGCGGUUCGAGCUGGAAGGACACACUUCCGGAUUUGGAGACGUUGCUGAACGAAAAGUCCAAACAGGUCGAGGAAACCUCACCGAUACAGGCUCCGACGUUGAACCAGCAACCGAAGGAGGUGGUGAACCAGCUGGAUCAGGGUUGGUUGAACCGUCAAACAGGUCAAUCUGGACAAACGCCCAGCGCAACUCCGCAACCUGUCAGGUACGGCCUGAGGAACAUCGCCAUACCUCCGAUAGUGGAGCCUCCAGCGAUCGCAACCCCAGUCGACACCUCGACCAGCUUCGGAAUGUCCGCCCUUAGCAUGAGUUCGUUUGUGGCGGAAGCGCCGGCAAGAGAAACCGUAACAGUGCAGAACACCGCGUACGCUGCACCGGUCCAGUCCGAUUCGGACGGUGUGGUGGAGAAUAGCGAAGACGAAUCGGUGGGCGGGGGUUCGCUCAACACGAGCGCGGUACGGCACGUGGUCAAGAAGCGCAAGGUGUUUACCAGCGUGAACUCCGUGUCGAAGGUUGAAGCGAAGGAAGUUCCCAAAGCGGUCGACAAAACGGUGAAGGAGCUUGAGAACCUUGAUCCGGCGAAGGUCGCUAAGGUCGAGGCUGAAGAGGAGCCGAAAGCGAAGCGUGUCAGGAAGGCUGUGGCGCCGAAGGCGAAGAAGGUUGUCAAGAAAGCGCAACCGGUUAAGGUACCAGCGAGAAAGAUACCGACGCGAGGUCGCAAGGCGAACUACAAGCAGAGUGUGGAGGGCGAGGGUGAGGAGGACAAGGAUCCGUACGAAGACUUUGACGACAGUGACAAGGAUCCGGACUUUAACGAUGGCAAGAAGGAGGAACACGAAGAGAGCGCUGAGGAUGUUUCGAUGGAAGUUCCGGAAGAGAAGCAGAAGCCAAAGAAGGAGGUUAAAGCGCCGAGGAAGUCGAGAGCUAAGGCGGUGACAACUUCGCCGACUACUGGGCGGAAGCGACGCUCGGGAAGUGCGCGAAAAGAGUCGGCAGCGCCGAGGAUUGGUGGAAAUACUGGCAAGGGCAAGAAGAGGCCUGUUCGGCAGGUGAAGGCAAAGGGGAAGGCACCUCCGCCGGAGGAGGAGGAGCCCAAAGAGGAAGAGUUCAACGAGUACGUGCUGGAGUUUGGAAUCGAUAGCUUGAACAAUGCGCCGAGGAUCGAUCUCGGAGAGCUGAAGAAGAGCACGCAGGCCGUGGAAAGCUUCAUUCAGGGAAUUCCAACGGGAAAGUCUGCGGUUCCUACCAAGGUUAAAGGCGAAGAGGUCGUGACCAGUAAGGAAGCUGCCAUGAGGAAAAAAGUGGCGGCCGGGAAAUUGAACGAGAACUUCGUCCGGGUUGAUCUGCGGAAGAAGGUCUUCGUGAAAGGCAAGAAAACGAUCAACUUCAGCAAGUACAAGAAGUCUCUGUGGAAGCAGAAGAAGGCUGCGGCGUUGAGCGGACCCGAGAUGGACAUGGGAGGUUGCGACGGAGGAGUGCUGACCUGUUUCCAGUGCGGUGGAGUUGGUCACAUGGCACGGCAGUGUAAGGUCAAAGGAGAGCAGCUGCUUCCGCUCGGAGCUGAAGGAGAGGAAGAAUCGCCCUUCCCGACUUUGGAAGAGGCCGAAUCGAUGGCCAAGGAAACCUUGGUGGUUCACUCGAAUAAGAUGCAGAACCUGCCAGCGGUAGCGAAUCCACUGUGGAAAGAAGAAGGUGAACCAUCAACCAGCAAAGCAGAACCAACCGAUCAACCGGAAGAAGUGGACGACGAGUACGAAGAUGUUCCGGAGGAACCCUCCCAACCGGAACAACUUCCUGCCAGCUACAUUGGCCACGCCAUUCCGGCGGACUUUUUGAAAAAGUCCGGCAUCCUGGAGUACACCGUGGGCAACAAAGAUCAGUCCCAAUCCCUGUACCAGCUCCUCCCAGACGGUUCACUUCCGCCGACCCCACCGGAAGUGUUUGACGCGCUGAAGCAGUUCGGCCACGCCGACUUCCGCGCCGGCCAGGAGCGAGCCGUGAUGCGCGUACUCUGCGGAAUGUCCACCCUGGUCACGCUGAGCACGGGCUCCGGAAAGUCCCUCUGCUACCAACUCCCCGCAUAUCUCCUCCGGAAGCGCCAGAACUGCGUCACGCUGGUCAUCUCUCCGCUUGUAUCGCUGAUGGAGGACCAGGUGCACGGCGUGCCGAACUUCCUGAACGCCCAGUGUCUGCACACGAACCAGACACCGAAAGUCCGCGAGCGAACGAUGGCCGCGAUCACGGCCGGCGAGCUGGACGUGCUGCUGAUUUCCCCGGAGGCGGUCGUUUCCGGGGAGAAAUCCACCGGAUUUGGGUCGCUGCUGAAGCAGCUGCCGCCGAUUGCGUUCGCCUGUAUCGAUGAGGCGCAUUGCGUGUCCCAGUGGAGUCACAACUUCCGGCCGAGCUAUCUGAUGAUCUGCAGGGUUCUCAAGGAAAAGCUGGGAGUGAAAACAAUUCUUGGACUGACGGCGACGGCCACCGUGCAAACAAGAGUCAGCAUCGUGGAGCACCUGGGCAUCCCGGACGGCACGAACGGCAUCAUCAGCGACAUCCCGCUGCCGGACAAUCUCAACCUGACGGUUUCACGGGACGCAAACCGAGACGCGGCCCUGCUGAACCUGCUGCAGUCCGAACGCUUUGCCGACCUGCGCUCGAUCAUCGUGUACUGCACGCGACGUGACGAGUGCGAACGGAUUUCGGGAUUUCUGCGCACCUGCUUCCAGGACGCCCAGCGGGAAAGUGAGGCCAAAGAGGGGGCGGCUUCGAAGAAGCGGAAGCGGGUGAACUACACGGCGGAACCGUACCACGCGGGAAUGCCGUCGUCGCGGAGAAGGACGAUUCAGAAUGCGUUCAUGAGCGAGUUGAGGAUCGUGGUGGCCACAAUCGCUUUUGGUAUGGGUAUCAACAAGUCGGACAUCCGGGCGAUCAUUCAUUACAAUAUGCCGCGGAACUUUGAGAGUUACGUGCAGGAGGUUGGUCGUGCGGGUCGCGAUGGGAAGCCUUCGCAUUGUCACGUGUUCCUGGACAACAAGGGUGGCGAUCGGAACGAGCUGAGGAGACAUAUUUACGCGAACUCGAUCGAUCGGCACGUGAUCCGGAAGUUGCUGCAGAAGAUCUUCGUGCCGUGCGCUUGCGCGAACAAUUUUAAGAACAAAGAAUUCUCCGAAGAACAUCGCAAAGAGAUCGAGGCCCUGAAGGAUAUCAGCUGGACGGAUGACUUCAACGAUUCGAUGGGGGAACCCUCAACGAUAGCAAAGUCGAAAGUCAGGCAGCAGCGAACCUGUCCAGGGCACGAGGUGUGCUUCUCAAUCGAGUCCACCGUGCAGCAGUUGGACAUUCCGGAGGAGAACAUCGCCACGUUGAUGUGCUACCUAGAGCUGCACGAAGAACGCUACAUCCAGGUGCUGAGUCGCGCCUACACCAUGUGCAAGGUCAGUUCCUACGCUGGUUCGAGGGCGCUGCGAACGGCCGCCAAGGACUGUCCCCCGUUGGCGAUGGCCAUUGCGUUGGAUCUGAAGCGAGGCAUCUCGCACGACUCGUCCACGUUCAUCGAGUUCCCAGUCAUCGACGUGGCCGCCGCCAUCGGGUGGGACAGCGGAGUCGUCAAGUUCCAGCUAAAGAACCUGGAGUGGACCGUUGAAAACAACGUCCGCAAACGCUCCCCAAUCAGCGUGACCUUCUACGACUUGGGAUUCCGUCUGCGGGCUCCCGGUGAUCUCAACGAUGACGAGCUGGACAAAACUCUGGAUUCGCUGUUCGCUCGCGUGACAGGCCAGGAAAAGGCCCAACUCGUACAGCUUCAGAGCAUCUCGGACGCGCUUUCUUCGGUAGCGUUCCAAACGUACCUGGCCGCCGGUGGAACCGUCGGCACCGAAGGUCCCUCCCAAAAGCUGAAACAAAUCGUUCGAACGUACUUCCAGUCCGACCUGGACGUCGACGUGGAGUUGGUCCCGGAGCCGGACGACACGCCAGACACGCAACUCCUGAGUGACAUCCGGACGAUGAUCCACCGCUAUCCGGAGAACAACUUUAGUGGGCGGGCGAUCGCGCGCGUCUUCCACGGCGUGCAGAGCCCCAACUAUCCGGCCGUCAUCUGGGGGCGGAGCAACUUUUGGCGCGCCCACACCAGCGUCGACUUCAACCGGAUCGUGCGGCUGGCGAACGCGGAGAUUGUGCGGAUGCGCACCUAGAGAUUUGCUGAUGUUGUUGCGGUGAUUGUGAUUGUGGAAUUGAGUUUGACUGAGAUUUAUCAACUUUUUAUGCAUAGAUUACAUUAAAUUGUUUUGUUUUUUAAUAUAGUUUGCAGCUCAUAGUGAAAAUUUAAA